CAGCGGCAGGCCCUUCGAUAAAAUCAGGAACUUGCGCUGGCCCUGCAAUGUCAAGGGAGGGGGCUCACCCAGGGCUCCUGUAGCUCAGGGGGCAGGCCUGAGCCCUGCGCCCGCCCUGCGACCGCCCGGCCCCCGACGGGGCACCCCAUCCCAAGGGGCUCCGCACUGGCCCCCAUCGAGGCAGGGGACCUGACCGGCUCGGAACUUGGCUGGAUGUUACAGGCGUGCAAAAUGGAAGGGUUUCCCCUCGUCCCCCCUCAGCCGUCGGAAGACCUGGUUCCCUACGACACGGAGCUGUACCCACGCCAGACGCACGAGUACUACCCCUAUCUCAGCAGCGAUGGGGAAAGCCACAGCGAUCAGUCUGGCUUCCGGUUGGAGAAUAAAUGGAAAGGAGGCAAGGACUGGAGCUGGGAGGAAGAACACUUAGGAAACUACUGGAAGAAUGCAGACCAUUACUGGGACUUCCACCCGCACCACGUGCACAGCGAGUUUGAGAGCUUCGCCGAGAACCACUUCACGGAGCUGCAGAGCGUGCAGCCCCCCCAGCUGCAGCAGCUGUACCGCCACAUGGAGCUGGAGCAGAUGCACGUCCUCGACACCCCCAUGGCGCCGCCCCAUGCCAGCCUGGGCCACCAGGUCUCCUACCUGCCUCGGAUGGUCCUCCCAUACCCGUCCCCGGCCCAGCGCAGCUCGGAUGAGGAGGAGGGCGAGCGGCAGAGCCCCCCACUGGAGGUGUCUGACGGGGAAGCCGAUGGCCUGGAGCCGGGGCCUGGGCUGCACGGGGAAACAGGCAGCAAGAAGAAGAUCCGCCUGUACCAGUUCUUGCUCGACCUGCUCCGCAGCGGCGACAUGAAGGACAGCAUCUGGUGGGUGGACAAGGACAAGGGCACCUUCCAGUUCUCGUCCAAGCACAAGGAGGCGCUGGCGCACCGCUGGGGCAUCCAGAAGGGCAACCGCAAGAAGAUGACCUACCAGAAGAUGGCGCGCGCGCUGCGCAACUAUGGCAAGACGGGCGAGGUGAAGAAGGUCAAGAAGAAGCUCACCUACCAGUUCAGCGGCGAGGUGCUGGGCCGCGGGGGCCUGGCCGAGCGGCGCCACCCGCCGCACUGAGCCCCGGCCGCACCCCACCGGCCCGCCAGGCCUCCCGGGUCAUAGCAUUAACCCCUCGCCCGGCCCGGACACAGGGGGGCCGCCCCCGGGGCCGGGGCAGGACUGCGGCCUGCAGGGCUCUCCUGGCUGUGCAUCCCCUACUUCGAGCCACCCUCCUCCCGGCUUCGCCUGCCAGCAGGAUUCCAGCCCGGCAAGUCUAGGAAGGCCACCUGUGCAUGGGACGACAGGCUCAGCCUUGCUUAGUGCGGCCAGGAGCUCUGUAAAUUAGAUCUUCUUCCCAUCCCCCUCACCAGUAACUUCUCCGGUGAAGUUACUAUCAGUUAACCCGUCUACAGCGCAGUUUCUCUUUAAAACCUCGUGCACCUUGUCGGGGUCCCCGCGUGCCACCACCUCUCUUUUCCUCCUGCCGUCCAAUGUGUGUUCAUUGAGGACCACACCCCAUGCCCUCCCCUGUGGACAGGGCGGCAUGGCUUGUGGUGCCUGACUGCGGGUAGAGCCUGGUGGCAGGGACAUGUCUUUAGUUAUUAUUAGAGAAUAGAUUGUAUUAAAAGAUUUUGGGGGCUGUUCUGUGGUGCAGUGGUUAAGCGCUAUGCAGAAGAAGCCAGAUCCCCUAUGCCCCACCCAGGGCUCAGGUGCUGGCCCCUGCAGUUUACAUGCUGGGCACAAUUGUAUGUAUACUCAGCAUCCCCAAAAGAGAGAAUAAAAAGGAAAAGAAAUGGCA